AUGCCAGUUUCAGUCAGGUUCCCGGGGAGUCAAGGCAUUGACUCACCUCACAAAGGAUACAGCCUUAGAAUAAACACCCGUUUUCUGGAACCAGUUGAGGGGAACACAACCCCUCCCACCACCCCCUUCACCGUCGCCCUUAAAAAUCGACAAGGACUCGAAGACGGUAUAUAUCAGAUUAGUACAACACAAUCCUUCGACAACGAUUGCCAUGUCGAGAGACCGUUAUAUCUCGCCACCGAUUCUGGUUUCGUGAAAGUCGUUCCAGAACCUCGGGAUAAUGCGACAUUGUGGCGAAUAAACCGAAUCAAUACCCAACUCGAUACAUUCAACAUCAACUCACCGUCAUGCAACAUUUCGAACUUGGUAUCAAGUCACGCAUUUAGAUACCGAGUUGAGAAUGUAGGCAGUGGAGAGCUCCUUGGGUUGAGUCGGUCGCGACUGACGUUGAUAACAACGAAAGGGUAUCAAGACAACACUUUAAAAGUCUUUAUUUCACCUUCAGAACCACCUUCUUGCGAAUCCGGUACAACUUCGACAGGUAGUUACAAGAUGUACACAAUCCUCCCGGACGAAACAUCAUACGGAACCCUAGAAGAGUUUUAUCUUCAUGUGGGGAUAUGGCAGUUGGCACCGAAAGGAAAACCGGUUGUGCCUGCACCUGUCCAUCUAUCCUCGAAGGUUUUUCCGGAGUCGGAUUGUUCGUGGGUAUUCGAUUUUGCGGAAGGAAUACCAUGA